AUGAUUUCCGAGCUCACACUGGCUCUGCCAGUCCUCUUUGCGCUUAGCAACGGCAUCUCUGCCGCUGUGAUCCAAAGCCGCGCCGAGGGCAUCAACCCCUCUGACUUCAAGUCAGAGGGUCUUGUCGCUAUCGGUCAGUACUCGGCCAGCAACCAUGACAGUAACGACGAAACCAUUGGCGGUGUUGGCUCUGCAGGCGGUCUUGUUCCCGGCAAGUACAGCCGCAACGGCAACACCUACUCUGGUCAGUUCUACCUCCAGCCUGACCGUGGCUACAAUGUGGAGACUACCAUCGACUACGUUGCGCGUCACCAUACUUUCGACUUCCAAUUCGAAGAGUACACUGGUACUGCCAACUUAGCCUUCAGCCAGGCUAGCAAGCUGUUCAACAUCACCUACUGCGACACCCUCUACUAUCACGAGGCUGCCAGCAACAAAGGCAACGUCAACAUUAGGAACACCACGGGCCUUGAUCCCACAGCUGUCAGGACCGGUGGUCUGAGUGGCAAUGUGCAAAAGGAUAGUCCUCUUGCAGAGGCCAAGGGCAUGCUUUCACUCGACACUGAAGGCUUCUCCGCUAACCCUGACGGCACCUUCUGGGUCUCGGAAGAGUACACUCCUGGUAUCUACAAGAUUGCCUCGGACGGAUCCAUCAUUGCCUACAUUACCCCUCCCGAGGCUGUCCUUCCCCGUAUCGGUGGCCAGUACAACUUCACCUCUAAGGCUAAUCCCGAUUCUGGGCGAAGCCCCAAUGCAGGCUUCGAGGGUAUGACUGUCUCUUGGGACGGCCACACCCUUUUCGCUGUUCUCCAAGCCGCUACCACUCAAGACGGCGGUGACGGCACCCCUUACGUCCGCAUCUUCGAGUGGGACAUUUCCUCUCUUGUUGGUGUCACAUCAUACCGACCUGGAGACAACCCUGGCCGCAAGGUCAAGCUUGUGGGCGAGUACGCCUUCAAGGUGCCCACCUCCAAGAAAGGCAAGGGCCGCAACGUCAGCGACUUGAUCUACCUUGGCCACAAGACCGUCGGCCUUCUCGUCCGCGACGGCAACGGAUUUGGAAACUCGGACACCGAUGUCAGCUACAAGCACAUCGACAUCCUUGACCUUUCCACUGCCACCAACCUCGCUGGCACCAAGUACGACGACGCUACCGGUGCCAUCGCUCCCGGUAGAGUCCUCGCUAGCGACAUCGACCUUGCCGCUUACAGCACUCUCAUCGACUACACCAGCGAUCUGCCCAAGUUCGGCAUGCACAGCUCUGGCAAGCCCGUGGACCCCACCCUCUUGGCUGCCAAGAUCGAGAACUUAAUCCUCUUGCCCACUCUUCCCAAGUCGGAUGAUGACAAGGACUUUGACAAGGACGAGUUCUUCAUCGUUUCGGUCAGCGACAAUGACUUCCAGACCAAGACUGGUUACAUGAGGGCUAUUGGAGACUACUCGGCCGCAUACCCUCAGGAUGUGCCCACACAACUGUUCGUCUUCAAGGUCAAGCUGCCCGGUGUGAACAGGUCCGACUUGGUCGCCCGUCUUGGGUUGUCUAAGUAA